UACAAGUGGAUUAACAAGAAGAUGAUGAUCAUAUUUUAUUUACUGCUGAUGCUCAGAGCGGGGCGAUGCGCACACGAUCCGAUCUUUGACACAAAGACUGUUGGUGUUGGAGAUGAUGUGACUUUGACAUGUCCCCGCCAGAAAAAUUCGCAAACAGAAUACUUCUUUUGGAUUAGGCUUGUUUCUGGAAACUUUCCUGAAACCUUCAAGGGAACGUAUCAAUUUGAAUAUAAUGUUGUUCACAUGACUCCUCGCACUGCAACAAAACAAGGGCCUGAAACAUUUCUUCUGCAGAUAAAUAAAACAGAGCCAAGCGAUACUGGAGUUUACUACUGUAUAAAAGUAGACUUACUUGAUAUGACAUUUUUGAAAGGAACAUUUCUGAGAAUUAAAGGACCAGAACCUGAUAUCACUGCCAUCAUUCAAGACCUUCCAUCUGAUCCAGUCCGUCCAGGAGACUCAGUGACUCUGCAGUGUUCAGUCCUCUCUGACUCUGAGACCAAGAUGUGUGCAGGACAACACAGUGUGUUCUGGUUCAGAUCUGGAUCAGAUGAAUCUCAUCCUAAAGUCAUUUACGCUCAUGGAAACAGUGGUGAUGGAUGUGAGAAGAGUCCUGAGGCUCACGCUCCACAGAAAUGUAUCUACAACUUCUCUAGAAACGUCAGCUCCUCUGAUGCCGGGACUUAUUACUGUGCUGUGGCCACAUGCGGGGAGAUAUUUUUUGGAGAUGGUACAGAACUGGAAAUUGAAGCAGUCAACAUGUGGGAUUUGGAGAAGGCCAACACAGUUCUGUUUCUGUUAUGCGCUGCUUUGGCUAUAAGUCUAAUCGUCAAUAUGUAUACCAUCAAGAAGAAAACUUGUGAUUGUUGCAACGCUGAUGUUGCUCCGCAAACAAAUGCUGCACCAGCCAGCGGUGAUCAGCAAAGUCAGCAGAUGCUCUUAUCCAGAGUGAUUUACAGUGAACUAACAACAUGGACAUUCCUCCUGGAGCACCAAACAUCAACACGAGGAAAACUGGAAGAGCAGAGAGAAGGAAUGAAGAAGCGGCAGAGAGAGAGACGAUCUACACCGAUGUCAGGGCGUUAGUGAAAUAAUCAAAAUCUACUGGAUUUGCUUAUUAAAGCUAAUAUCAUUUUUGUCUGACACACUGUUGUAAAUAUGCUGCUUCACUUCUGAUAUUGCUAAAAAAAACUUUUAUUUGGAUAACUUUAAACAUUUUGAAUGUUUAACUUUGACAUUAUGUUUUGUUCAAUCUGUUUGCAUUGUAUGACAGAAGGGCAUGGAGUAUCAUGACGCACUGUGGAAUAGUUUUAGUGGAUUUUUAAGGUGAUAUUCUACAGCGUCUCAUAUCUAUUAUUUCUUGUUACAUUUUUGUGCAUUUUUUUCAUUCAAAGUUGAGUCGUUUACGAUCCGUCUCUUUUGUCUGAAAUGUAGUUUUAAGCCUGUUAACUUCUCCUAUAUGUAUCUAUGCAAAGCUACGGUGCACCAUGUUCAGGGUUUUUCAAAAGUUUUGUUUUGUCUCUGAUUUUAUGAAGGCAGAUUUUUAUGGAAUUAAAAUGAAAGUAUAUGAAAGUGA